AUGACCAGCCGGGCGCCCCCCGCGGAACCCUUCGCUCGCGAUUUAGAGAUUGUAUGUCUGGAGAGUGCAAUCCUCGGCUCGCUGGUGAGCUCGGCGCUGGGCCCGCCUCCGCAAAUACCGCGCGGCCCUGCUUCGCGGGCACCCCAUGCGCGGGUUGCGGCUACGCGACUUCGCACCCGCUCGCCUCAGUUGGAAGGCCGCUAUCGCAUGUUCUACACUUAA